CCUCUGUGUCUCCGAGAGCUCGGCCGUCGGACGUUUCGAAUAUCCCGUGUCUCCCGGCCCUCAGCCCCCAUGGCCAAAGGAGUCGGGGUCCUCGUGAUCUUCUUUGCCUUCUUGAUCCACGGAUCUUCUUCGUUCCCGGCUCCCCAGAGGGCUCAGCGCCACAUGGACGGCGCCUUCACCAGCGAGCUGAGUCGCCUGAGGGAGAGCGCUUUCGUCCAGAGCCUGGUCCGCGCGCUGGUCGGCCUGGGGCCCAGGACCCAGAGACACUCGGACGGCGCCUUCACCAGCGAGCUCAGUAAAAUAAGAGGAAACGCCCAGGUGCACCGCCUUAUUCAGCAGCUGGUGGGUAAGCGCAGGUCAGUCAGAGAGCCCGAGGAGGUGACUGGAAGGAGCGGGGAAAAUGGGCCCCCCGCCUCGGCCCGGGACAAUUCGCCCUGCCUGAAGUGGCUUCGAAUGUGCCUCCCACAGAACGGUGCAGAACUUCGAGGGAGACCCCCCGGCAGCAGCUGCCUCUGGCAAGUCCUUCCGUGGCCAGAAGCUGAGGCCGAAGGGAAAGGAGCCUCUUUGGGGGAGGGCGCCCAAAGGCAAAGCGCUCGCUGUCUGACUCAGUAAUAA